AUACUUUGAAAUGACGUCACUGCUUCAUACACAACGUUCUAUUUCCGGUUAGUGGCUAUCACAAUAUUUUUUACAGUUUUAUUAAAGCAUAAUAAUAUUUUUUCAUAACAGUUGAGCGACUAUUCUGAAAUAUUAAUUCCGUUCAAAUAAUGUCGAUGGACACGAAAGCAAGUGAUUCACAAAUGUUUUCUCAAACAAGUCAAGGUAUUCACAAUUCCAGUUUUCGAAGUAUUAUUUUAAGUUAACUGAACUCCCUAUCAAGAAGCUGAUUUAACAUUUUACAAAAACAAAUUCAGAAAAAGCUUAUGAGCCGAGAUUCUAUAAGAUUAAGUCUAUAGACUAUUAGGUUAUUAAAUAUCAACAUAUUUUUACUGUAGAAAUCAAUCAAAAGCAAUAUGCGUCAACUUCAAGGUUUUAUGAAAUAUAUUUUAUUCGAUGUUUUAGACGAUGAAUUUUAUGGUAAUGUGGCAACAUCAGUUGAAAAUGAUACUACAUCUAAAAGGACCAGCUCACCACUCACUCCAGCCACUGAGGAAGAUAACUUCAACUCACGCAGAGAGCAAGAAUGGAGAGAUGAAUUAGCUAAAUUAGAAGAUGACAUUACAACACUUCGUCAAGUUUUACAUUACAAAAUUGAACAAACAAACGAAUUAAAACAUAAAUUAGGUAUAACUCCAAUAAAAGAAUUUCAACAAGACUUGAAAACUGGUAUACAGAAUAUUAAGGAAUCAGAGACAUACCAGAAAACAGGCGAAGUUUUUAAAUCAGUAGGAGCGAAAAUGGGGGGAGUCUUCUCUCUAACAAAAAAUAAAUUGGGUGGCAUGAGGAAUUCUACUGCUUUUCGAUCUUUUGAGGAACGAAUAGGAGGUGCCGUUUCUAAUGUCAAAAGUCGAGUCCGUGGGAGCAAAACAGAGGAGGAUUUUGAAUCUGUAUUGAAGGAAACGAAAGAAGAAGAAGCUCGUCAACCUUCCAUUCCUUCGGCUCCUCCUUCUUAG